AAAUCAGGUUCUUCGCUUUUGUGUGAUGACUUGUUGCUUCUCGUAAUCUGUGGUGUACGAAAAGGCGUGUUUUGUGUCAUCGAGCUAGUUAUUUCACAAGUUUAUUACUGAGUUGUAAUUAACACCGAAAUUCCGCGGUAUUUUUCAAAUUUUCGGUGGAAAUGCCGCAGUACAGAUUGACGUAUUUCAAUGUGAUGGGUCUUGGCGAACCCAUUCGCUUUCUUCUGAGCUAUGGUGGUCAUGAUUUCGAAGAUAUUCGUGUGGAUGAUCGAGUCAAUGUCUGGCCUAAGAUGAAACCAAGUACUCCAUUCGGUCAAUUACCGGUUUUGGAGAUCGAUGGGAAAAUGUUCGCUCAGGCAUUACCAAUUUGUCGUUAUCUUGCUAAACCGUUGGAUCUGAUUGGCAAGACUGAUUUGGAUGCUUUGCAAAUUGAUGCCGUCGCAGCUGGUCUUCAUGAUUUGAGGAAACAGGUUGCUCUGUUCUAUCGAGAGGAGGACCCUGUCCUCAGGGCCAAGAAGAAGGAGGAGACUCUGAAGAGUGUUGUACCUUUUUAUUUAAAUAAAUUGGAGGAACUCGCGAAAAAUAAUGGGGGAUAUUUCCAUGGCGGUCAGUUGAGUUAUGCUGACAUUUUCUUCACUGCCAUUCACGAUUCUCUGGCGAAUGCCUGUGGAAUUGACAUCACGGAGGGCCGACCAAAUUUGAAAAGUAUUAUAAAAAAAGUAUUGGAUAUUCCCAAUAUCAAAAAGUGGGUGGAGAACCGACCGAAAUUGGAAUUUUGAAUUCAGUAACAAUAAUAAAUUUGUUAUUACUCCA